AUGAAAUCUGAAAUUAACUAAAUUAACAAAAUUCCAAUAGGUAUAGAUUUAGGUUCCUAGAAAUCAGUAAUAUCAUGCAUAAAAAACGGUAUAUUAGAACUAAUAACAAACGAAGCAUCAUUAAGAGAAACAAAAAAUGUAGUCGUAUUUGGUAAAAAUUAACGUUUAAUGAGUGAAAAUGGACAAGCUUAAGGAAUUAGCAAUUUUAAAAAUACAAUAACGUAUUUCACUAGAUUAUUAGGUUUAUCUUCAAAAUACGAAGGUUUGAAAGAAGAAACGAAAUGGAUUUCGUCAAAAGUUAUAGUUUAAGAAUAAAAAGAAGGAGAAAUAAUACAUUAUAGUAAUAUCUAUUCCUCCUUACUAUACAGAAUAGGAGAAAAAAAGUCUAAUAGAUGCAUAAAUUUGGGAACUAGAAAUAUAGAUUGGACUCUUCUAGAAAUCUAUAAUUAAAGAUUUUCAUAAAAAAGUGGAGGUCUAAAUGUUUUCUCAUCUAAAAAAAGUGUCCAAAGAUUAUUAAAUGCAAUCGAAAAAUAAAGAAAAGUACUUUCAGCUAAUUCUGAAGCAGAUUGUAGCUGCGAAUUUUUAAUUGAAGACUACGAUUUGAACGAAAAUUUAACAAAAUCUCAAUUUGAAAAAGAAAUUCAACAUAUUUUAUUCGAUAUAUAAUAAACUUUAAAUAAAUUAAUUAAAGAAACAAAAACGAAAAUCGGAAAAAUAGAAAACGUAGAAAUUAUUGGAGGAGGAAGUAGAAUCCCUUCGGUUUAAGAAAUAAUAAAAAAAACUUUUGGAGUAAAUACACUCAAAUAAUCUUUAAAUUCUUCAGAAUGUAUUGCUAAUGGAUUAAAUUGGGAAAUUUUAAAGGAAGAAAAUUCUUCUGAAAUUAUUUAGGCUAAAAGUAUAAUCUUAUUUGAAAAAAACGUUCCUUUAAAUUCUGUUAAUUCAAUAAAAUUCGCCAAAAAAAACCCUUUCAAUGUUUAUUUAUUCUAUUCUAAUCCUCCUUAAGGUUUUGAUAGUAAAAUUUAAGUUUUACAAUUUGCUGCAAGUAAUCCUUAAUAUAAUGAAUAUGGUAUUAAAGUUAGUUUUAAAUUUGAUAAUAAUGGUAUAGUAGUAUUAGAUGAGGCCGUUUUGGUAGAAGAUUAUAUAUUUACAGAUGAAUAAACAAAUAAAAAAUCUAAGAAGACUUAAUAUAAUACAUAUGAAACUUGGCUUUAUUAAGAUGAAAUUAAGCACAGUAUUGAAGAUUACUAAAAUAUUAUUUAAAAUAUAUAAAAUUUACUUAAAGAUGUUACUGAUAGAUAUAAUUUAUAUGCUAAUAUUAAAAAAUCUGUUUAAAAAGUUUUAGAUCUAAUUAAAUAAAAUUAGGAAAUUGUUAUUGUUAAUGAAAACCAACCUGAGAAAAAUGAAUUAUGUUUAAUUAGAUAAGAUAAAGAAAGACUUUUCUAAUCUGAAGAUAGACAAGUAGAAUUUAAAAACUACAGAUACCCUUUUUCUAAAGAAUGUAAGCAUAUUAUAUUAAAAACAAUUGUCAGUAUGUUAAAUACAUAAGGAGGUACUAUAUUAAUUGGAGUAAGAGACUAAGAUUUAAGUGUAGUUGGUAUUAAUCUGAAUAGCAAAUAAAAAGAUGAAAUAAUUCUAUAAAUUGUGUAAAUGAUGGAUGUUAUUUAUCCCUAAGUUAAUGAAGAAGUUAAUAUUGAAUUCAUUCCUAUUAAAUUUAAAUGGGGAAAAUGGGCUUCAAAAACUUGGGUUUGUAGAAUUUCUGUUUCUUAAGGAUAAUUAGAUCGAUUUUAUAUUAUAGAUGAUGGUAAAUCUAUGGAGGCUAAAAAUCCAAGAGAAAAAUAAAAUCAAAUAGUUUACGUCAAAGCUGAUAGUGAAGGUAUUAAAAAUUGUGAACUAGAACAAGAUAGUAUUGAUUAUUUAAAUGAAAGUGAUAUAUAAAUACUAAAUGAUAAUAGAAUUUAUAUUUCUUAUAAAGCUUUAGUAGAAUAAAAUGGUUGUAAUAUUUAAGUUAAAUGCAAAGAUUUCUAUGAUUUAUUAAUUGCGUUUGAAAGAAUCAAGCUUUCAUAUAUGGAAGGAUAAUUUAAAAGUUUUGAUAGUGACAAUAAGAUUAGAAUUUAUUUUGGAUUUUAGAAAUAUAUUGAAUGA